AUGGAGGUUAAAAUCGCAGUGAUUGGCAGCGGAGGUGUCGGAAAGAGUUGUUUGACUCUUCGAUUCACCAAAGAAACAUUUUCUGAAAAUUAUGAUCCUACCAUUGAAGAUUCAUACUACAAAUUUACUGAACUCGAAAAUGGCCAACAAUGUGGCUUUUCAAUCCUGGACACGGCAGGUCAGGAAGAAUUUAAAUCAUUACGAGAGAGUUGGAUGAAACAUGCGGAUGGCUUUUUAUUGGUCUACGCAAUAGAUGACAAGAAAUCAUUUGAAAAUAUUUCUGAAUUUUAUGAGCAAAUACUGCGAGUGAAAGAUUCAGAUUCAUGGCCAGCCAUUGUGGUGGUUGGAAAUAAGGCAGACUUGAAAGAACCACGACGACAAGUGACAGCCGAUAUGGUCACAAAAUUUAUUAAGCAACAUCAAUUGGAUCAUUUUGAUUGCUCUGCACUCACUGGAAUGAAUGUUAAAAAAUCCUUUCAACGAACAGCAAAACACGUGUUAAUCCAUAAGGGAGUGAAACUUUCUGAAGAAGUUCAAGAUGUCAACAUUUCAAUCACGACAAGUCCUCCUUCUCUGAGUGAAAACACGACUCAUUAUUUACACAAUGUUUUUAGUCAUGGAAAAUUAUCGAGUCUCGAAGGAGGUGCUUCCGGAAGCACGUCAAGCUUGUUGAGGAGAACCACUUCAGAUGCUGCUCCUUCGCCUACAUUCUUGAAUACACAAAUGGACAAUAGUGCAACGUCGCCAAGUUUUAUUUCUAAUUCGGCUCAUUCAGGGAAGAGUGUAGGGAGUGGUAGUGGACAACAGAAAUUGGAGAAGAAAAAGUGUGUCAUUCUAUGA